AGCCGCCUGACAGUUCCUAGUAAUCCCUCAUUUGGAUCAUUAUAUACAUCAGGGACAACCCACUCGUUUAAAAUUUAUAAGAAAUGAAAUAUACAAUUAGAUGAUCUGGUUUAUUAAUGAAUCCUCACACUUUCUCUUUCCUUCAUCCAUUUACUAUUUCUAAUGAAUAGAAAUAGGGACUUUGUAAAAAAAUUACAAGUUCUGGACAUGGGAUUGCAAGAAUAUGAGGUUUCUUUCAUUUAUUUGAGAUUAAUUCUAUCCAAGCAAAGGGACCAACUUUUACCAAGGCGGACCCUUAGGAGGGAACAACGAUUUUUCUUGAUAAUAGAGAUCUUUUAAUUCAAGAUUUCCAAAACUUUGGAGAUUGGUUUCUUUCCUGGUUCAGGAAGGAUUACCAAAAGUCUACUACUGAAAAUCUUCUCCUUCUUUGCUGGAAAAUUUGGGAGGCGAGGAAUAACCUCAUCUUCAGACAUUCUCCCUCUCUUCCUAACAUGGUGGUUCAUGCUGCGGCAUCCAUUGGUGAGAAUUACAGAAGGAAUAACCCUUGCUGUUUCAAGGGUCCUGCCUCUACCUCUCAAGUUAUUCACUGGCCUUCCUCAUCCUGCUGGCUUCACCAAGCUCAAUUUCGAUGGUUCUGUUGUCAACAAUAAGAAAGCAGCUGCUAGUUUUGUUAUCAAGGAUCAUGAUGGUUCUCCCCUUUUUGCUGGUGCGAGAGCUAUUGGUCAUGCUUCUGUCCCCAUUGCUAAAGGAAGUGUUGUUCGUGAUGGUCUUUAUCAUGCCCUCCUCCUUAACUGUCGAAAGCUUUAUGUCGAAGAUGACUCCAAGUUAAUUAUAGACUCUAUCAACAAAAAAUGUGCUCCUCCUUGGCGUCUUCGUACUCUUGUGAAAGACAUCCUGACUCUGGCUAGCAAUUUCGAAGCUAUUUCCUUCUUUUAUGUUCCCAGGGAAGCCAACUUCGUUGCUGAUGCUGUUACAAAUAUGGGUCAUAGAUCAUCUACUCCUAUCACUUGGUCCAAAGAGUUGCCAUUCUCUGCUUUGUCUUCUUUUAAUUUUGAUCAGUUUAGUUAUGGUUGUAGUAGGGGCUUUAAGUUGUAA